ACUGUGAAACGCCGCAGCCGGCUUGCGGAGCAGUUGCCGCGCCCUCCGCCGGGCUUCUUGUGCCCGCCUCCGAGCCUGAGGAAACAGCUGAUUGAUCAGCCUGGCUCAGGCUUGGGGCGGGGAUUGGCUGAUUGGCAGCAACGCCACGGGACAGCCAAGCUGGAAGCCUGAGGAGCCGGAGCGGGUGCUGGCUGCCGCGCGGCGGAGUGUGUUUUAUGGACCAUGUGCUGCUAUGUAUGCCUGAAGAAGUACUUGAAAUGCAAAUUUGGGGAGACUUUGCCAUAUAAAUGCUUGGCUGGAUUAAGCGCCUAAUUAGGAUGGUUUUUCAUCAAGUUGGAGUAAGCAUGCAAUCGGUACUUUGGUCUAGGAAGCCAUAUGGUUCGUCUCGAAGUAUCGUAAGGAAAAUUGGUACUAAUUUGUCUCUGAUUCAGUGUCCAAGAGUUCAGUUUCAGAUUAACAGCCAUGCAACGGAAUGGAGUCCCAGCCACCCAGGAGAGGAUGCAGUGGCGUCUUUUGCUGAUGUUGGAUGGGUAGCCAAAGAAGAAGGAGAAUGUUCAGCAAGACUAAGGACAGAGGUCAGAUCAAGGCCACCCCUUCAGGAUGACCUUCUUUUCUUUGAGAAGGCCCCAAGCAGACAGAUUUCCUUACCAGACUUGUCUCAAGAAGAGCCUCAGCUGAAGACCCCAGCAUUGGCAAACGAGGAAGCACUGCAGAAGAUUUGCGCUCUCGAAAAUGAACUUGCUGCUCUCAGAGCUCAGAUUGCCAAAAUUGUGACCCAGCAGGAGCAGCAAAAUCUCAUUGCAGGUGACUUAGAUUCUACCACAUCUGGUACCACACAACCACCCCCUCCGCCUCCUCCACCACCCCCGCCUCCCCCUCCACUGGGGCUCCAGCAAAGUGUAUCUGCCGUUGAUCUGAUUAAAGAGCGAAGAGAGAAAAGAGCCAAUGCUGGAAAGACUUUGGUUAAGAACAGUCCAAAGAAACCUGAAAUGCCAAAUAUGCUAGAGAUCCUUAAAGAUAUGAACAGUGUAAAACUUCGGUCAGUGAAGAGGUCAGAGCAAGACAUGAAGCCCAAGCCAGUGGAUGCUACUGACCCUGCUGCCCUCAUAGCAGAAGCUCUGAAAAAGAAAUUUGCUUAUCGGUAUCGAAGUGAUAGCCAAGAUGAAGCUGAAAAAGGAGUUCCAAAGUCUGAAUCAGAGGCCACUUCAGAGAGAGUGUUGUGCCUGAGAUCUGAAGGCAGAAGGAAGAUUCAAAUAGAAAGAAUAAUGACCCAUUCAACAGCUGACUCCUACAGACAUUUUGACUAAGAUGCCUGUUGCAAUUCCCCUGAGCAACUUAAUAAAGUUCAGCGUCAACUGUGUUUUCAAGGUUAAACUCAAGAACCAAUCAGUUAUCUGUAAAUGAAUAUCCAAUUUUUCUGGAAGGAAAAAGGUAACAUGUUAAUACAAACAGCAAAUACAUACAUCAUUUAUAAAACUGCCUCAGGUCACUUAACAAGAUAAAUACACUUUAAAAAAAAUUCUUGCAUUUUGUUUUAAUGGGCCAUAGCAAACACUAUCUCUGUAUAAUAAUCAGUAAAGAGCUCAAAUAGAUACAAAGACUCACAAUACUGAAUGUUAAAUAAAGCAAACUCUAACUGAAGAAAACAUUAAAUAAUGCUAUUAGGUAGUAUUCCUUAUUUCCAUUUUUAUUAAAUCUGAGAACUCAACAGGGUUAAUCAUCAAAUGCAAAACAUGAUUUUUAAAAAGGGAAUGAAGCAAACAUUUUCAUCUGUCUUAAUUUUAAGAUCAUAAUUUACAUAUACAGUGUAUUUAGGCAAUUUUCAUAUUUGUACUACAGCAAAAAAAUUUUAUGUACCAGAAGUAUUGUCAUACUCCAAAUGGUAUCUGUGAAUAAAGAUUUAAAAAAAUAAAAAAUAAAGUCCAACUUUUUUCUCACGGUCAUUACAUAAAAUACUUAGUUUUUUAUAAAGUUGUUUUAAAUUAUGAAAGGGAAACCAUAGAACAGCAGGUGGAACUUAAAUUUUAAUACUCAAACAUAUUUUUAUGCCUCACCACUUUUCUUGACGUGGAUGGCUUCGAUCCACUUUCAUGGUUUCGUGACUUGCAUUUUCCCUCAGUGUGACAUUACUAAAAAGCUUGUGUGUGGACCACACUACGGCAAUGAUGUGAGAUUUUAUAAACCAUCACCAUCGUGUUAUUCACAUUAAUGCUCUUUAUUAGGUUCUAAAAUAGCCCACUUAUUUUUUUUUCUAAAAUAUUAGGGUUUUUUUCAUUCAUUAUUAUAUCCUAUGGCUCCAGAAGUGUGACUCCAGGAUUAUGCUAUUGAAGAUAUUAAGGCACUGUCUUUACUUUCUUGUCAGUUUUGAAAACUUCUGGGAACAGAUUUUAAUAAAUCUAUUUAAUAUAAUAGAAUGUUUACAUUCCAUCCACUUAACCUUUGUACCUAGACCUUAAGGUUUUAUUCAGCCGCGUAUGGAAAUAUGUAAUAUCUAUUUAUGUAAAUAAGCAGUAAACUAUGCCUGAGCCAUUGUGUAUUUGGAGUGAUUUUAUAGUAUUCAAAUCCAUGAAACAGUCUUUCAUAAAAAUAACUAUCCAUUAAAAUGUUACCGACUAUACAGUAGGAUAGGUCUAAAUUAUUAAAAUUGUAUAUAAUUUAUUUGACAAACACUGAAAACUGCGGAACACCUGAACAUCACAAUUUUUAAAACUUUACAAAAUUACUUUACCAACUUUACUUCUAUAACCAAUAACAAAUUAAAUGUGUCCUAAUCCAACCUACCUGCUUUCUAAUGGCAGAUGUGAGAAUAAGCCUGAUUCUCUCAAUAAGCCCACUGCAGAUCUCCAGUGGUGAUUUUCCAGUACUGAGGUAUUCUACAACAAAGGAUGUUUCUGAGUUACUUAAUGAUACGUCUCUUUCUAGACAUAUAAUUACCAACAAUACUGUUAGCAAUAUUAAUCUGGUUAAAAUUCUAACAUUCACUGAGAAUUUAUUUUCAUUACUUUCAUUUCUUCAAAAUAUGAAACAUUUUCUAGAAUGCAAAAAAUAGUAAAAUCUUGAUGAUAAAAUUGCACUAACCUUGUAUAAAGUUGCCAAGUAAUGGUUAGUUUUAAUAAGGAAAGGUUGAUUAACACCUGGAUGAUCCAGAUCAUGAGUGGCAGCUGCAAUUAAGCUCAGCAAGAUAUCCCAAGGAGUUACAGAAUUGGCAAGCUGAAGUGUGACAAAAGAAUAAUGAAUCACAGAUAUAUCUAAAAUAAGCUCUAUGCCAUCACAGUAGUUUUGAAUUAGCAGCCAAUGGUAGUGGUGGCAAUCUCCUCCCUCUUCACGUCAUUCUUCAGGCGGUUGUUCAUUAGGUCCACCAAGCACACCUGCCAGGUCCUGGCCUCCUCAUCACCACACUGGUAAAGGCAUGAUACAACAGUGGCCCUGCCCACGUGGACUUUACAGAGCUCAUCCUUAGGCCAUUUCAUUUUUAACAAGCUUAAUUAAAAUGGCAGCUAAAGCAUAAACCAUUCUUUUUGAGAAACAAUGGCUUUAAAAUGACAAACACAGUUUGGCACAUUUUUAUUACUGUAGCCAUUACUGAACAAAAGACCUAAUAUUUUAAGGGUGUUUAUCAACAAACUGGUUAUUGGAUUUCAAUAAUGUAAUCUAAAAUAUAAGGUUAUUCCUGUAGUCCUGAUGUUUAAGGAGGCUAAUGAGUAAUCAUGUUAAGUGGAAGUCUGUGUCAAGUCUGUGAUAAAAUCCUCCCUCAAUGGAUGGAUACAUUCAUAACAAUGACACAAUGUAUUCAUGUCAGGGAAAGCAAUCUUGUAACAUCAGAAAUUGUAACUGUAUUCUCAAUAAUCAUUACCAAACUUACUUGAUAUAAUAAUCACAAUAAAUAAAAGUUUGCGAUUAGCUGACAAAUGCUCAAUGAUAAAAAAGAUCCCCUUGACUAUAUCACCUAUUUUUCAGGAAUCGCCUCUCAUUUUCUGGCAAACUUGGCCAGAUUUGUGUUCCCGCAGCACCGCAUGGCCUGCCCCAAUACCACUCAUCAGAGCAUGGUAUUAUUUAGGUUUACCUUAGGACGGUGCUGACUAAACUGUAAUGAUCCUGUGCUCUGACAGUGAAAACUUUGGAGCGUACACCACUAAUAUUAAGUAUAUUUACUUACAGAUUAUUAUAAUGAACUAACAUUUAUCUGUUAUUAUACAAUGAAUAUAAAAACUGAAAAUUUAAAAAAUGAGAUAAAAAAUAAAUUUAGAUUCAAAUUCUAUUAUUUUCUUUCUCUGCUAGAAUGAAUCAAUCAUCUCUUUCUACUCCCUGUGUUAAGUUCAUCUCAGUCAGAGAAAUCACUGUCUGAGGGCUUGAAUCUUCCUGGAAAACUGUAACCUACCUGGAAGCAGAGAUGCAUAUUAUUUAUUUUUGUAUCGCAUAUAAUUAGUACAUGGAGAAGGUCAAUGAAUAGGAGAAGAUGAAGAAAAUUAUUUCCUCUUUAGGAUAUACAAAA